GAUCGUCCCCCCAGUGCCGAUGGCCACACUCCAGACCCAGCCCCGGGGCAGGGCAGCCAGUGUGACAGCCCCAAGCAGACAGCAGGGCAGGAGAGCCCAACACUCCCAGUGCCCUCGGCUGUGAAGUCCAAAUCAUCCAGCGACAGCAAGAACCGCCACAAAAAGCCCAAGGACACCAAGCCCAAGGUGAAGAAGCUCAAGUACCACCAGUACAUCCCUCCAGACCAGAAGGCAGAGAAGUCCCCUCCACCCAUGGAUUCUGCGUAUGCCAGGCUGCUGCAGCAGCAGCAGCUCUUCCUGCAGCUCCAGAUCCUCAGCCAGCAGCAGCAGCAACAGCAGCAGCAGCACUACAGCUACCCUGGGAUGCAUCAAGGACAGCUAAAGCAAUCCAAUGAGCAAAUGGUCAAAAGCUCAAAUUCUUCAUCAACUUCUGUCAACAACACCCCUCUUUCUCCGGUGAAAACCACCUUUUCAGGCCAGACUUGUGUCUCAUCUAUCAAGCCAGGCCCUCUGCCAUCCAACCUGGAUGAUCUCAAAGUGUCAGAGCUGAGGCAGCAGCUCCGGAUACGAGGUUUGCCUGUGUCAGGCACCAAAACAGCCCUGAUGGAGCGGCUGAGACCCUUCCAGGAGUGUGGCAGCAACACAGUGCCCAACUUCAGUGAGAUCACCACCGUCACCUUCCCAGUCACUCCAACAAGCACCCUGUCAAGCUACCAGUCACAGUCCUCCACCAGCAUGUUAUCAAAUGGCUUUUACCACUUUGGCAGCACCAGCUCCACCCCACCCAUCUCACCAGCCUCCUCUGACCUCUCUGUGAGUGGCUCCUUGCCAGACACUUUCAAUGAUGGGCCUAUGUCCUCUCCACAGUUUGGUCUCCAGCCAUCUCCAGUGCAUGGCAGUGCUGAGGAAAGCCUCAUGAGCAGCAUGAACGGAGGGAGCAUCCAGCUGGAGCUGGAAGGAAUUGACACAGAGAAAGACAAGAUGUUGGUGGAGAAGCAGAAGGUCAUCAAUGAGCUGACGUGGAAGCUGCAGCAAGAGCAGAGGCAGGUGGAAGAGCUACGGAUGCAGCUCCAGAAGCGAAAGAGAAGCAAUGGCCUUGAGGAGAAGCAGCAGCCUGCUCAGCAUUUCUUUGGUGUUCCCAUCAAGCAAGAAAACGCUGUGUCCAGCUGUCCAUUUGCAUCCAAACAAACAGCCUUGAAAGGCCAGGCCAGCAGCUCGGACAAGCUGAGUAACUGUGGGGUGCCACAGGUGCCCCACAUUGUAAAUAGCCACUGCUUGGAGCCUGCAGGGCAAAGCACCAUCACCUCCUCGACAUUCCUGAGCCCGCAGUGCUCCCCCCAGCACUCUCCCGUGGGGGCUGCCAAGAGCCCCCAGCACAUCAGCCUGCCACCAUCCCCCAACAGCCACUACCUGCUCUCGGUGUCCCCCGGGUCGCAGGCAGACGGGCGCAGUGGGUCCCCCCAGGGCAGCACCUGCCUGCGCUCAGCCUCGCAGAUGACACGAAGUCAGCAGAUGGACGAGCUCCUGGACGUGCUGAUUGAGAGUGGAGAAAUGCCAGCCAAUGCCAAGGAAGAUCGGUCCUGCCUCCAGAAAGUACCUCAGAUAACAGUGUCUACAGGGACCUCCAGUGCCUCUCUCCCAAAGCCCUCAGUGCCCUUCGAGCCAGUGCCCUCGGCACCGCUGCCCUUCGAGCACUGCCCAGGCAGCAGCGACGCUCACCUGGAGGUGCUGCUGAAUGCCCACAGCCCCCUGGGCAGGGUCAGUGAAAUGGCCCUGCUGAAGAUGGGGGCAGAGGAGCCUCACUUCGAAGGGAUGAUAGAGAGCUUCUCCGGCAAAGCCGCGGACGAACUGCUCACCUCCCAGGAGAUCUUACAGACUCCCCUGUCGCCCAUGGAGACCCAGCUCUCCCCUUCCCCUGCUGAGGGCUCUGCUUUGCAAAUGAGCUUCACUGAGUCUCCGUGGGAAACGAUGGAGUGGCUGGACCUCACCCCCCCCAGCUCUGCCACCGGCUUCGGCUCCCUGACCCCCGCGGGCCCCAGCAUCUUCAACAUCGACUUCCUGGACGUCACCGACCUCAACCUGAACACCAGCAUGGACCUGCACCUGCAGCAGUGGUGAAGGUUGGUGCUGGGGCAGGAUGCUGUGAGCCUGCAGCAGGCAGUGCAGUUUGUCUGUCCUGCUGGCAACACGCAG